GAGGAAUCGUCAUACAAAAGUCUAAAGCUAAGCUCUGAGUACGUAACACGAAACCGUCGCCAACUCUCUCUCUCUCUCUCUCUCUCUCUCUCCCUCUCUGGCAAAGCGUCCCUGAGCAAAAAAAGUGAGAAACGAAUGAUGCUCAGAACCAUAUAGCUGGGAAAAAGCAAAGAACAAAAUAAAGCUUUAAUCUUUCUGUUUCCUACCUAUCACAUAUAGUAUUAGUCCAAAACGUAUUGAAAUUCGUUGAAGAGAAGAGAAAAAGAGAGACCCAAGUAUUCAUCUGAAACUAUAUCCCAUCUCUUUUAGCUUUCUUUCUCUCAAAAAUCAACAUGGGUAUUUGCUUUUCUUGGUCGAAAUCCCAUGAAAUUCCAAUUUCUUCGUCCUCUGAUUCCCCUCCUCCUAGUUACCAACAAUUACCCAAGAGAACUCAUGAGCCAUGGAACCCAACUGCAUCAAGUUCUUCAUCUCAUGUUCAAAGAGGACCCAUCUUACAAAGACCUUACGAUGAUAUAAAAUCGAUUUACAAGCUCCAAAAGGAGCUGGGAAGAGGUCAGUUUGGGGUAACCUAUCUUUGUGAAGAGAGGGCCACUGGGAGAAAAUACGCCUGUAAGUCUAUUGCCAGGGGAAAACUUGUUACUGAUAAGGACAUUCGAGAUGUCAGAAGAGAAGUCAAUAUUUUGCAACAUCUUACAGGUCAACCCAAUAUAGUUGAGUUUAAAGGAGCUUACGAGGAUAAGCAAAACCUGUAUUUGGUUAUGGAGUUGUGCUCUGGAGGUGAGCUUUUUGAUCGGAUUACAGCUAAAGGGAGCUAUUCUGAGCGUGAAGCAGCCAGGAUCUUCAGGCAGAUUGUGAAUGUCGUUCAUGUUUGUCAUUUCAUGGGAGUAAUGCAUAGAGACUUAAAGCCUGAGAAUUUCUUGCUUGUUAAUAGAGAUGAAGAUUCGCCCAUUAAAGCCACUGAUUUUGGACUCUCUGUCUUCAUUGAGCAAGGAAGAGUAUACAGAGACGUAGUUGGAAGUGCGUACUAUGUGGCCCCAGAAGUAUUGCGUCGAAAUUAUGGAAAGGAGAUCGAUGUUUGGAGUGUUGGAGUUAUUUUGUACAUUCUUCUAAGUGGGGUUCCUCCAUUUUGGGGAGAGACCGAGAAAACGAUUUUUGAAGCAAUUUUGGAAGGCAAACUUGACUUGCAAAGCUCACCAUGGCCUUCCAUAUCUGCUUCUGCAAAGGAUCUUGUUGCAAAAAUGUUGAAGAUAGACCCUAAAAAAAGAAUUACAGCCGCUGAAGCCCUUGAACAUCCAUGGCUGAAGGAAGAUGGUGAAAUCUCUGAUAAGCCUAUUGACAGUGCUGUUCUAACAAGGAUGAAGCAAUUCAGGGCUAUGAACAAAAUGAAGAAACUUGCUCUCAAGGUAAUAGCAGAGAACCUAGCAGAAGAAGAAAUCCAUGGCUUGAGACAAAUGUUCAACAACAUGGACACAGAUGGAAGUGGCACAAUCACACUAGAAGAACUGAAAACUGGGUUGACCAGAUUGGGAUCUAAACUUUCUGAAUCCGAAAUACAGCAGCUGAUGGAAGCUGCUGAUGUUGAUCAUAACGGGGCUAUAGAUUACAUCGAAUUCAUUACUGCUACCAUGCAUCGCCAUAGACUUGAGAGAGAUGAGAACUUGAGGAAGGCUUUCAGAUUUUUCGACAACGAUGAAAGCGGUUUUAUCACAAGAGAGGAGCUCAGGCAAGCUAUGACUCAAUAUGGAAUGGGUGACGAAGCUACAAUUGAUGAAAUCCUUGACGAUGUUGAUACUGACAAAGAUGGAAGAAUCAACUAUGAAGAGUUUGUUGCCAUGAUGAGGAAAGGAACAGUAGAUAAUGAAGAGAAACGAAGAUAAAAUAAUAUUGUGUUGAGUUUGAUUAUGGUAAUUACUCCACAUAUCUUGCCUUUUUACUCAUCUCUCGAAUAAGUUGCCCUAGAGUUUGGGAUGUUCAAAGCUGUAUGAUCAAUUAAGCAGGUCUUCCAUAUUUGUAUGAAAUGAAAAUUGAAAAUCACAGUGUAUAUGUUGUGUUUGUAAAUGUUGAAAUGAUUAACAUAUUAAAUGUAUAAUAUUAUAUGCUUAAUAAUAAACGUUAGAAUAGAGAAUAAACGUUUUUCUAUUCUCUUCCUGUA